AUGUGUGCAAAUGUGCCGAGUGCUGCACCCCAGAGCGCUUCUGCCAGUGGACAGGGCGGUCGCCAGGGCGUGAUGGACGGAGAAGGCACAGCAGCCGAACAGCCACCUGAUGAUAGAAAUUCGUCGCAGACUACAGAGCAUCUUGGCCACAUGACCUUACAGCAUGCCAACAGCGCGGACAUGCCCGAUGGUCUUUCCGCAGAGAUGGGGCUCAGUACGGCCGAGCUGGAAGAGACUGCGGCUGCUGUGCUGGCUGCUCAGCAAACAACCUUGUCAGACGAACAACAGGGUGGGCAGAUCAUCGAUACUAGCAAGGCGGGACAACUCAGCACCAGUCCUUUUGGAUCUUCUUUCCACUCGGCCAUGACUGGCUCUUUGCCAAACGUGAUCAGCCCCACGGGCGAGACGAACCUUUCAGCCAUAGCUGACCCUGCGACGGAUGGCCACUCUCUUAGUGCAUCGCACCACUCGAAGAAGCUUCAGCCUGAGCGCCAUAUGUGGUCCAAGGAUGAAACUCAAGCGUUGGUAGAUGGCUGUAACGCUGUGAGUGUCGCGUGUCCCUGUGCUCUGAGAUUCAAGGCUAACGUUUAAGGGGUUGUCUGGUCAGCACGGCGUGGGCAAUUGGAAGGCGAUACUUUCAGACCCCAAGUUCAGCGGACGCUUUGCCGGUCGUUCUGCGGGAGAUCUCAAGGACAGAUUUCGCACUUAUUUUCCAGAUGCGUAUCACGACAUGUAUCCCAAUGCCAAGACGCAUACAAGCAAGGCGGUGCGCAGCAAAGCUGCAGACGGAACGAGUAUCUUCGAAAAGGGAAAGACGAAGGAACGUCGACCCUUUAGCGCUGCUGAGGACGAGGUGCUGAAACGCGGCUAUGCACAGCAUGGCUCUCAUUGGGCUACGAUUGCUCGGGACGCGGUUUUUGAAGGGCGGAGAAAAUCAACAGAUCUCAGAGAUCGUUUCCGCAACGCAUUCCCCGAGCUGUACGAGCAAGCGGGCUACAAGCCUCGGUCCAAGUCUGGAAAGAAAGACAGGCGCCCGAGUCAUGGAGCCCUUCAUUCCGAUUCGAGCAUGUCCAUGAGCAUAUCGGCGGCACUUGAGCAAGCAAAUGGAGAUGGUUCGGAUGCGAUGCGCGCCACUCGCGUUGCUCCUCCCCCCAGCGACACUAGCGCUACAUCGCACUCUCAGUGCGCGAGCGGGGAUGUCAGUCAUAGCGAGUUGGAGACGAGCGAGGGAGAGAUGAGCGACGCGUGGGAGAGACCUGCGGGCGAGCCUGUCCUCGCACGAAGACUGAUGGAUCAACAUCGCGCACAGCAAGAGCAGCAUCGUCAACAGGAAGAGCAACGCGCAGCUGUUAGUCGAUCUUCGUCGUUCAACGACGGCUCGUCUCGUCUUGGAUCGGGUCUUCGCUCAGUCUCACGCGACAAUGGCGCCCUUCAAGUCCAGCAAAGGCAGCAUGCCGCAAACCCAAGUGCUCCGUCUUCCAGCAGCAGUAGCAGUGCCAGCGGUAUGAAUCCGAAUGUGCAAUCAUCUCGACCAGACGGUGGUCUACGACGAACGCAAAGCUCAAAGCGCGCAAACCCAAAGAUCAGCCAUUUUGAGGGCAUGCCCUCAUCAACUGCUCUGCAGCAGCAGCAGCGCACUCAUCAACAUCAUCACCAACAGCGCUUGAUUCAAGAACAAAAGUAUCCCCAGCCCAUUCCGCAUUACUUUGGCACCAGAUCGCAAGAUCCAAACACAGCUCAAAUCCACCCUUCUUCCAGCGAGGUUUCUGCGAGUAGACCUCCUUUGGAGCAUAGCCUGAGCUCUGGACAUGCGCCUCAGUAUGCUUGGCAAGGCGAAAGCAAGGGGCAGCCUUCGGCUUCAUCAUCAUCGUUGGAUGAUAUGGACUUGGACCAGUUGAAUGCUCUGCUCGGUCAGCCUUCUUCCUCAGCAACGCAUUCAAGUAAUGAACGAUUUACGGGGCCACAAGGAGAUGCUAUGGACGUCGACGCUCCCACGAUAGCCAGUUCGACAGCCGCGGCGCCAGCAUCUACCAUAAGCGACGCUUCAGCAAACUCUACUGGCAGCGAUCUUUCAUCUUUGCUCACCAGCGCUGACUUGAUGCAGCUAGCUGCCAGCAGUGGUUCGAGCACGCUAGGCACGAGUCCUAGCAAGAAUGGCUUCUCGAUAGAGUCCUUUCAGGAUCUCCUCGAUCCUGUGUUGCCACCGAGCACAUCACUCUCGGAAUGGGCCGCUUCGGCUGCCUCUUGGCAGCCCGUCUCUUCCUCUAGCAUCAACUCUGGCACAGCCUCGGCACCUAGCCAGACUGAGCAUAGCGCGUGGGCGGGCGAUUUGCUGCAUCGCGGUAGCGGUAAUAUGUCGAUUGACACCACCAUGCAUCAGCAUCAGCAACUUCAACAGAGUUACAUGACCCAGGCGCAAGGGGGCGCCGCGAAUGAUCCUGCAACCCUGCACGCGCAAUUCGAAGAUCAGCGACAGCAACAAUUUGGGCCUCCUAGCAUGAGAUCCUCUCUUGAAGCUGACUUCCAACGCACUGAUACCCAGCAAACAGCUACAGACAACGGACUUCGCACGCAUCGUUUCCAUGCCUCUGUUGCUGCGCCGCAUUCAGUUGCUCAGAGCGUUACCUCGACUCCCUCGGUGCAGGAGCUCGUCAAUCGCUCCGCUUCGAGUCGUCAUAGCGGCCAGCAGGCGAACGCUGCCGCCAUUGUCCAACAUCAGUUGCCAUUCCUACCCGCGGAUCUCACGUCUAGCCACGCCAUGCAGUCGCCAUACCGUAUCAACCCUUACUACCCGGCUGACGACCUCAGCCUCACUAGUCUCGGCAGCCAGACGCUUUUCCCGAGCUUGGUCGGGGAAGCGCCUGGGCACAGGCGCAGGCGAUCCACAGACACGCUGCGUCAGAAUUUCAGCUAUGCUCAACUCGCAGUUGCGUUCGAGCCUACGCCAUUCGACUUGCCGGGCUACACGCCGCAGCAGCAGUCUGACGAAGGAAUCGAAGAAGAGCCAGAGAGCGAGUCGGCAGAUUUCGACGAGUCGUCGGGCUCCGUUCGGCGCCCUUUUCAUGGGCAGUCUGCGUCCUUUUCUGGGACCUGGGAUCGCAACGUCACCAUACAACCGCGUGCCACACGGCAGCACGCUUCGGCUGACGAAGGCACUGUCGAAGACUCAUUUGGUGGUCGUCAUCUGAGCGCUUUUGAGAUCGCUGCUGCCUUUGCUGCGCAGCAUGGAAACACCACGGCAUUCGACAGCGCAGCCGAGGCGGAUGCCUCUUCUAUUGGGCCGUACGCAGAGUCCCUGCCGGAUCUUGGCCAUCCCUCAAGUAGCUCGACGUUUGACGAGAUCAGCCCAUUUGGCCUGCCUCAAACGUCGUACGACGACCUCGACCUACCAUCUUUUCUGGGUCGCUCUCCAGCGCUCAAUCAUGCAGUGGCACCACACGCGCGAGAUGCUGCUACUGGCGAUUCUUCGGAUGCGCCUUCGCAGUGGGUGCAGAAUCAUGGUCUUGGAGGACCUUCGAGCGGCGUGCUGCAAUCUGGCAGAGCGGCCAGCGAGUCACAGAUGGACAUUGAGUCCAAUCGACACGGCUCUUGGCAGAAGGCUUGGUCGGACGUUGGCGAUGCGGCAAGCGCGGAUCCCUCGGCGUUUCAGCGGACGCUAGCAACGCAAGAAGGAGCGCGAGAUCGUGUUGCGGCUCACUUUGCCGAUCUAGACCGCUUCGACAACUCGUCGCAGAGAUGGCUUGCCGAUCGACCGGAUGCCUCGCUGCUUCGUUCCAUCUCUACCGAUGGUCAUCCUGGCCCCAUCACGAGCACGGCUAGCGAAGCUGUACUUCCAUCAAUGUACACGGCCGGAGACUUGGACAGGCUGGAGCAUCUUUAUUUGGAAGGUCUGCACCCUGUCAGUUCGUCGACUUCACAAGGUCCUGCGAGGAUGCCAGGCAAUUGGUCGAGCGAAUGGAGCAGUCCGUCGGCCAACUUCUCGAACAGCGAUGCCCAGACUGAUCACGCGAAUGGUGGCGCGAACUCAUCCACCAGAGCGAGCCACAAUGGUCGAUGA